AUGGAAGACCUUGUCGAUGCCAUGGACGUCUCGCAGGACGCGGCAGUCUCAGUCGAGAACCCAGACCUCGGUGGUGAUGUCAACAUGAAUGUUGGCGACGAUAUCGACACCGCAAUGGAGGCAGCCCCGGUACCCUCCUCCGACACAGCCAUACAAGACAGCCAGGAUCCCUCCGAUCAGGAUUCUGCAACAGCACAAGAGGAUGGUGAUCAGUAUCAAUUGGUGGCGGCUCGAGAAUCUCUGGACAUUGAUUUACCGAACAAGCCUCGGUUGCAUGUCAUUGAGGUUGAGCUCAGCCCCCCGGCCGAUCCCGAUUCUUACGAACAAAUCCCCCUGAGUUGGACUGUCCAGCAGGUACAUGAUGAGAUUGACGCUGGCGACGACACCUAUUACAGCGUUGAGUUUGAUGAUGGCCGCAUAGAACAAGUUGCCUACGACGAACUCCAGGAGAUGAAGAACGGGCGACGCUCUAUGAAGCGAUACCAGGAGCAGAGAUUCUCUCUCAACUCGACCAUCAUGGUCAACACCAAGCGUCCCCGUCCUGAGGAUGAUUAUGCUGAAUCAGGUUCUGACUACGAAGAUUUCGCAAAGCCCCUCAAACGGGUGAAGCGCCUUGCUCAUCAUGGCAGCCGUCGAAGUGCACGUCAGGCAUCUAGACAGGCAUCUGCUGACACUGAUUUGGAGGAUCAUGACAUAGUCAACAGCUACAUUGACCCGGACUCUGAUGAAGACAAUUCUAUUGACAAUGAGAGACCAACCCCACGCAAUCGACGCAGCUCUGAGGCCUCCUCUAACACAGGCCGGAAGACCAGAUCCCAGAACACUACAUCUACACGGUCUUUGCGGAAGUACGCCGUCACUGCCAAAGAAUCUGACGAUGAAUUGGCACAACCUUCUGGAUCAGAUGGCGACGAUGACCAUAUCCCAUACAUUUCCUCCGACGUGAGAGGUGUUGGCAGAACCUCAAGACGCAAGCCCAAGAAGACGCAGAGAAGCAGCUUGCCUAUGAAAGGAAACUAUGGCAGUGACUCAGACAUAGAGUUUGAGGUCACCCGACGUUCCGGCAGAUCCAACAGAAAUGUGAAGAGCAUGCGAGAUCCUGAACUCGAGGAUGACUAUGAAGCGGUCGACGAGAGAGUGACAAACGCCCCCAAGCAUAUCGCUGUCAAAGAGAACUUCCAGACGCUGCCUCCCGACUCUCAAUUUUCGAACGUGCACUCCGAAGUGUGUGAAACAUGUCGAAACGAGUCAGGCCACAGCAACGCCACACUCAUUCACUGCCAGGGCUGUUCGUACUCCUACCACAAGGCAUGCAUUGGCCAGCGGGCCUCACGCGAGCAUCGAGCUAGCAAGAUCGGCGACGACAGCUUCGUGCUCCAAUGCAAGUUCUGUAUCGGGAUCUACAAGAAGAAGGACAAACGCGCUCCAGAUCACUCCAUGUGCCAGACCUGUAAGCUGCGUGGUGCCUCAUGUGCUGAAUUCUCCCCCAAGAAGACCACCAAGCAAGAAGAGAAGGCACGCUCGGAGAAUGACGGGCAAGAUCCAGUCGCUAAGGUUGAUUCCAAGCUAAUCAACAACGCCGAGAAUGUCUUGUUCCGGUGUUCUAUCUGCAGAUGCGGCUAUCAUUUUGAGCAUCUGCCACCAACCACCAGUGCGGUCAUUGAUCCUGAUAACAUCAGAGAUGACCGCAUUGAGGAGUACCGCAUGCAAGAAUGGACCUGCAAGGACUGCGUCAUCGUUGAACACAAGGUCGAUGGUCUGGUUGCCUGGAGACCCGUUGAUCAAGAGGCAUAUCUAGAUGGACAGGUAUCCACCGACUUCGACGAGGAUGCUAUUGAGUACCUGGUCAAAUGGGACGGCCGCUCGCACUUCCACGAUGUUUGGAUGCCAGGAGCAUGGGUUCAUGGCGCGACUUCAGGUACCAUGCGCGUAGCAUUUCUCAAACGUGAAGCAGCCCAGUUCCCGAAGAUGGAUUCCAAGUCUGCCAUCGAGGAGGAAUGGCUACUAGCCGAUGUCUUCCUCGGCAUCAAGUACAGGACUAGAAGCGUUUCUACUUCAAAGGCAGAAGAUAUGCAACGUAUCGAUGAAAUCGCCUCCGUUUUCGUCAAGUUCCAAGGCCUGAAUUAUGAGGACGUAGUCUGGGACGAGCCGCCUCCGCGCGACUCUGGAGCUCCUUGGGAUGCUUUCGAGGCUGCCUACGAUGAGUACCUCAACGGUAAAUACUUCACCAAUAUUCCCAACGAUAAGAUGCGAGAACGAAUAGCCGAUUACCGGACCCUCGACUUCGAAAAGGAGUGUGAACUCAAGAGCCAGCCACCUCGUCUCCAGCGUGGGAAGUUGAUGGAGUACCAGAUCAACGGUGUCAAUUUUCUUCUGUUCAACUUCCACCAGCAGCAGAACGUUAUCCUGGCCGACGAGAUGGGGCUCGGCAAGACCGUCCAGGUCAUCGCAUUUAUCUCAUCUCUGACCCAAGAUCAACCAAAAUGUUGGCCAUUCUUGAUCGUCGUCCCCAACUCUACUUGCCCCAACUGGCGGCGCGAACUGAAGCAGUGGGCGCCCGAACUCCGAGUCGUCACAUAUCAUGGUGGCAAAGCCGCGCAGGAUCUGUCUUACAGACACGAGCUUUUCCCUGACGGUUCAAGAUCCGGUAUGAAGGCCCACGUCGUCAUCACGUCCUAUGAAGCCGCCCAAAACGUCAAGUCCCUCUUCUCAGCUGUCAAGUGGGUUGGAUUGAUCGUGGAUGAAGGCCAGCGGCUGAAGAACGAGGAUACUCUGCUUUACAAGUCGCUGCAGGAGAUGAAAAUUCCCUGCAGGAUUCUGCUGACAGGAACCCCCCUGCAGAACAACAAGCGGGAACUGUUUACCCUCCUACAGUUCAUUGAUCCGAAAAACAACGCUGAAGCGCUUGAUGCCAAAUAUGCGGAGCUGACCCAGGACAAUCUACCAGAGCUACACAAACUCAUUAAACCCUACUUUCUACGUCGUACUAAAGCUCAAGUGCUGAAGUUUCUCCCACCCAUGGGACAGAUCAUUCUUCCUGUCACAAUGACAGUUCUGCAAGAGAAGCUUUCAAAGUCUAUCAUGGCUCGGAACACCGAUCUGAUCAAGGCUAUCGUAUCCAAGCAGAAGAUCAAGGCAGGGGAGCGGAAGUCCUUGAACAACAUCUUCAUGGAUCUUCGCCAGUGUCUAUGCCACCCAUUCUGCUUCAACUCCGGGGUUGAGGACAAGACGGUGGACAGCGAACAAAUGCAUCGAAACCUUGUUGAAGCUGCGCCGAAGCUUCUGCUGUUGAACAUCAUGCUGCCGAAGCUGAAGGAAAAGGGUCACCGGGUCCUAAUCUUCAGCCAGUUCCUCCACUCCCUGACCAUCAUCGAGGAUUUCUUGACUGGCCUAGGUCUAGCACAUGCACGGAUCGAUGGCAGCUUGUCUGCUCUCGAGAAGCAAAAACGCAUUGACGCAUACAAUGCGCCUAACUCUUCUCUGUUCGCCAUGCUCCUCUCGACUCGUGCCGGUGGCGUCGGCAUCAACCUUGCCACAGCUGAUACCGUCAUCAUAUACGAUCCCGACUUCAAUCCUCACCAGGAUAUCCAAGCUCUCUCCCGCGCUCAUCGGAUUGGCCAGAAACGAAAGGUUCUUUGCUUCCAGCUGAUGACGAAGAACACCGUCGAGGAAAAGAUAAUGCAGAUGGGAAGGAAGAAGAUGGCCCUUGAUCAUGCGCUUAUUGAGACCUUGGACGCUGAAGAAGACGCGGUUGAAGAUGUGGAGUCAAUCUUGAAGCAUGGAGCGGCAGCUUUAUUCAGUGACGAUGCCAAGGACAAAAUCACGUACGACUCAGCAUCAGUCGACAAAUUACUAGACCGUAGUGCGCUCGAAAACACUAACACUGGAAAAGACGAGUCUGCCGAGAAUCAGUUCUCCUUUGCCCGUGUCUGGGCUAACGAUCAAGGCGCACUGACCUCGAACAUGGACGAUGCCGUCGACGAAGAAUCACCUCAAGAAAACACGAGUAUCUGGGAGAACAUCCUCAAAGUGCGUGAGGAGGAGCACAAGCGUCAGGUCGAAUCUCAGCAACGGGAGUAUGGCCGUGGCGCCAGACGACGUGGUGCUCAGGGCAUUGAUUACAAUAACACCCGAGUAGGUUUCUUGAUCGAAGGCCUCGAUGGUGACGAGGGAUUGACACCAGAACAGCGUCCCGAGCCGGAGAGCGGUGCCUCCGAUGUCGAUGAAGACGAACUGUACAUCGACAACGACAUCGAGGAGGAUGACGAGUACGAAAGCGAUGGCUACGGCGCGGGCCAGGCCAAGGGAACCAAAGGUACGAAACGGAAAUCCCCUACCACAACGGAGUCCUCAAACAAGAGAACCAAGACAAGUACAUGUGUUAACAAUGCAUCAAGCGACGGUCAACCCGCAGCCCGGCACGCUACUACAGGGGCCGAGCCCACAGGCCAGUCAGCCGAACAACGCACCGAAUCUGGCGCAAAAGAUGCCACACAAUCUAACGAGCAACCCGCCCCGGCCGACUAUGCCCCGGCCGACGGUGCCCCAGUCGCGAACGACGCAGCACCCGAUGCAGACACAGAAUCUGGUCAACAACCCGGCGAACAGGACUCCUCAGCCGGCAUCCCGGCCGCAGCCGCGGAUCCUGCCGACGCAAACCCCAGGACCAGUCCUACCGUCCCAGCGGAACUCCAUGCAACAGAGUCCUAA